CUUAGAAGGCUCCACAGAGCUCAGCUCACAUUUGUCUUUGUACCUGUGAGCCAUGAUGCCAUUUGAAUACUGGGAAGGUUUGGUAAACUGAGGGAUCUUAUGGUCUUUAAUCUAAUUAUCUGUUUAUGCUUAUGUGUGUAAAAUAUUAUAGCUGUGUGUUUGGUCUGGUCAGAAGUUAGAAGGUUUCUGAAUUUUAACAAUUACUUAACUUUAGGUUAUUAUUACAGACAGUUUAGAUAAUGAUACAUGAUUUCUUGAUUUUUACUUUGUCUUCAGGGCCAAAUCCUUCUGUAUUUAGUCGCAACGUUGAAAUAUAUGGCUGAUAAUAACUCAGUGGCUGGUGGUCAACCCUUAAUGCGAAAGAUCAAUUAUCAGGUCAUUAUAGUUCAGGUUUUGGUGGCAAUUUUCCUUUGCAUCAACUUUAUGUUGAUCAUAACCUUUUCUAUGAAGGAUUUUUUCUACACAACCAUGCGCUACAUCUUAUUUGCUAAUACUCUAGUGUCUGACUGUCUGCUUUUAAUUGUGACAGAUUUCACGCUCAUCCUGAGCUAUUUUCGUGUUACUAUACAGAUGCAGUUUUGUCUUUUUAUAUUUAUAUGGUUAUCUGUGUACACUUUUGUCACACCAAUUACUUUGACUGCAAUGACUCUGGAGCGCUACAUGGCUAUUUGCAUGCCCCUGCGCCACUCAGAGCUGUGUUCCUCACGCCGUGCUCUGCCCACUCUUCUCAUCAUUCAGGGCCUCAGCUUUGUACCCUGCUUUCUUAUUCUGUCCACCUUCUUUGCAUUAGCCUCCCUUAGUUUAUACAAAGAAUACAAGGUCUGCUCUGUUGAGAUGCUCCUUUUGCACAGUUGGCAAGGUCAUUUUAGGUCAGGUAUAAGUCAGGUUUACUUCUUGAUCAUGUUUAUUGCUAUUGUAUUCUCUUAUAUUGAAAUAAUGAAAGUGGCCAAAGCUGCAUCAGGAGAGAAUAAAAAGUCAACAUGGAAAGGGCUGAGAACAGUAAUUCUUCAUGGUUUCCAGCUGCUCCUCUGUCUCAUCCAGCUGUUGUGUCCAUUUAUAGAAGGUGCUGUACUUCAGAUUAAUUUCUUGUUAUUUGUUAAUGUCAGGUACUUUAACUACAUAAUGUUUAGUCUUGCUCCAAGAUGCCUCAGUCCUCUUAUUUAUGGCCUUAGGGAUGAAAAGUUUUUUCUUGCUCUGAAGUACUAUACUCUCUGUGGCUUUGCCAAAAAUAAAUCUUUAGAUUUGACACAUUAAUACAAUAAUUCUGCCACAGAAAUGACCAUUUAUUGCAUACAGGUGUACCUUAUUUGUUGAAAUGCUUUCAUUUUAUUAACAAGUAAGUAGUUAAUAUGCCCUGACUGGCUCCAGCAUCCCCAGUGGGUCAUAACUUCAAAAAAUGAAACAUCCUUUUGCUCAUUAGUCAAAUGAUGUGGCCUAAAAUGUCAGAGUUAAUGUCUGUUACCUGUUUUCAUAUUAAGUAAUCAUUCAGAGCUUUUUUUCUGUCCUUUUUUUCUUUCUCAGAUUUAUUGACACAGAUUCGACAAAUACAACCCUGACCUUACCUUUUUUGAGUUGUAAUAUCACUUAACAUCUGCUAUUAAUUGUUUAUCAUGUGUGGUUCAUGGUUCCACAAAACAAACACGUAUAAUGAUGAGAACGCCACAGCUUAUGUUAAACACUUGUGUUUUUCUUGUAUAAUUUUGGAGCAGUCUUUGCUGCUCUACAUUGUCUGUCAUCAGUGCUUAUAACAAGAAAAUUACCGCUUUUUUAUCGUUGAA